AUGACAUCCACCACCACCACCCCGCCCGAAGACCCCCUCCCCGCCCCCGUCUUCUACAGCCCCCACGACCGCCUCUCCACAACCUUCGCCGGCCGCCUCCUCCUCAGCAACAUCGGGUCUCUGGGCCUCGGCAUGACCAUCGGCGGCGCGCUCGGCAGCCGCGCCGCCGCACUGCGCUUCCGCGCCGAGAACGCGCACCGCCUGCCCGUCACCGAGCGCGGGUGGUACUUCUACCACAAGUCCAAGAACUACCACACGGCGCUGGGCGGCAUCAAGCAGGGCGUGCGCACGGGCGCGAGGAUCGCGGCGUGGGCGAGCUUGUUUGUGGCGACGGAGGAGGCGGUGGAUCGGCUGAUGGGCCGCAGGGAUGCGGUGGGGACCGUGGUGGCGGGGUUGAGCUUGUCCGGGUUGUUUAGUGUGUGGAAUAGGUUGUCCUACAGUAUGGCGAUAACAUCCGCGAAACGAGGGCUGGCGUUUGGGUUGGUGUUUGGGCUGACGCAGGACUUGCUGAGGAUGAGGAGGAGGAGGUCGGCGUGGGAUGCGCCUGAAACGACGAUGGAGAAGCAGGCGAGUGGGUGA